UAGGUGUCGAUCGUGAGGCGCGGGUGGCCCCUUCGGUAAACGGGAGCGGCUGAGUGAACGCUGUUUGUCGCAAGGCUUAGCGGCACCGCGGGAGGAACCAGGCGCUGUCCCUGCGAGGCUCUUCGCUGUCCCAGGAAAGCUCCCGCUACUGAGCUGUCAGGGAGGAGGUGCAGAGCGAAGGGAGCAUCCCUGGCAGUGAUGGGAGAGCAGAGCGAACAGCUCUCUGCACAGAGAGACUGCUCUGAGCUGCUCGGGACAGCUGGCAUCGCUGUUCUGCCUCCGGAGACUGGGAAGUGUAGGAUGGAAUAGGAGAUGCCUGCCCCCAGUAACCCGGCACCAAAGCAGUUCACAGUAGGGCAAGCCAAACAAGAGAUUGGGUGGGGAAAAAACUCUUUAAAAAUCCAUUUGGAAGUCGCUCUGCUGGUUGUGUAUUGCCAGGUUGCUAAGGGCAUGCAACUUUUACAAAGUGCACGUGGAGAUAGAUAACACAUGUAGGGCAUGAAUAAACAAUAAUAAAUGAUUGCAAGGUCACAGCAGGGGAAAAAGACAUCUUUGGAUAAACAAAGCAGAGUAGUGAUUUCAUGUCUGUAAUUGUCAGUCAUACACAGUGAUGGUUUCUGAGAUUAGAAGAAUUCCAGAAGUUGUCAAACUCCCUGUAGCUCUGCUUUCAAGCCCUUCUCGCUCAAUGCAUUCACGUGGAAUUUUGUGCAUCUCCUUGGUGGUACUGCUGUGGGGAGUACGGCUCUGGAUACAAAGGAAGAAACAGUUGAGGUCUGCAGGAAGAGAUGGGAAGCGGCCGCUGCUGGUGGCCUUUUUUCACCCGUACUGCAAUGCAGGAGGUGGAGGGGAGAGAGUCUUGUGGUGUGCCAUAAGAACGCUCCAGAAGAAGUUCAGAAAUGUAACAUGUGUUGUUUACACUGGUGAUAGAGAUGCCACUGGAGAAGAAAUAGUAGAAGGCGCUUUCAGAAGAUUUAAUAUUAAAUUAAUCCAUCCUGUGAAGUUUGUAUUUCUAGAAAAACGCUUCCUUGUGGAAGCUUCUCUUUAUCCUCACUUCACUUUGCUGGGACAAAGUUUAGGAUCAGUGUUCCUUGGCUGGGAAGCUCUUCUAAAGUGUGCUCCUGAUAUUUAUAUUGACUCAAUGGGUUAUGCCUUCACAAUUCCCCUCUUCAAGUACCUGGGAGGUUGCCGCGUUGGAUGCUACGUCCAUUAUCCCACCAUCAGCACGGAUAUGCUCUCAGUCGUGAGGAACCAGGAUACCAGGUUUAACAAUGCUGCCUUCAUUACAAGCAGCCCUCUCUUCAGCAAAUUUAAACUUGUCUACUACUACUUCUUUGCUUUCAUGUACGGCUUGGUUGGUUCCUGCAGUGAUGUGGUCAUGGUGAAUUCUUCUUGGACACUGAAUCACAUCCUGUCCCUCUGGAGAGUCGGGGCUUGCACUAGUGUCGUGUAUCCACCAUGCGAUGUUCAGGCUUUCCUGGAUAUUCCACUGGAAGUGGAAAAGAGCACCAGUGAAUAUUCCAUUGUUUCUGUCAGCCAGUUCAGGCCUGAAAAAGAUCACCCUCUGCAAAUCAGAGCCUUUGCUAAAUUGCUGAAAGAGAAGAGAGUGGGGCAGCAGCCAUCGCUGAAGCUGAUCCUAAUCGGUGGCUGUCGGAACCAGCAGGACGAGGAGCGUGUCAAUAAGCUGAAACAUCUGUGUGAAGAGCUGGGAGUCAGUGAUGAUGUGGUGUUCAGGAUUAACAUUCCCUUUGAGGAGCUGAAGAGACACCUGGCCGAGGCCACCAUCGGCCUGCACACCAUGUGGAAUGAGCACUUUGGCAUAGGAGUAGUUGAAUGUAUGGCAGCUGGCACAGUUGUCCUGGCUCACAAUUCUGGUGGCCCCAAACUGGACAUCGUGGUACGCCACGAAGGACAUGUUACAGGCUUCCUGGCAGAAGAUGAGGACAGUUAUGCUGAGACAAUGGCUUACAUCUUUUCUCUGCCUCCUGAGAAAAGACUGGAGAUCAGAGAAAGUGCUCGUCACUCUGUGCACAGGUUUUCUGACCAGCACUUUGAAGACACAUUCCUGUUAUCUGUGGAGCCGUUAUUUAAAUAAGUGUAUAGAAGUCAAAAUGAACUUGAGUAAAAUUACCUUUUUAUAUUUGAUUGUGUGGCACAUGUAAAUAUAUCUAAGCUAUGAUCCCUUGGUUCCAUUCAAUAAAAAGGUUGUUUUUCUUUCUGUCAA